UUAUCGAAACGGAGCACAACAAGACAACACGAAGACUAUGCCAGUGGAAGAAGUGUGUAAAUAACGUAAAGAAAGAGGAGAAGCUGAAAAGGAAAAGGAAACAAAUACAAGGCAGGCAACGCAGCAGAUCCGGCUCCCGUUGGCGGGGAGUUAGUUCUUUGUCCCAACCCAUAGACAGUCCGUGCGACGGAGGAGGAGGAGGUGGGGACUACGAGUGGAUGCAGUGUGUGCGCUGGAAGAGCAUGAGCAACUAGUGUCCAGUUACGGUCUCCCGUGUCCAGCCUAUAUAAUCCCUCCUAUGCUGGCAUCAGCAAUAUGAACCUAGAAUCGCUGUUCCGCGACUUCAAUCCCUGCAAGUUCAUCGUGCACUGCAGCCUGUUUGCCUUUGUCACGCUCUUUGCCCUGCGCCUGGACAACUAUAUUGAUUGGCCUUUUUGGGCCAUUUUUACACCGCUCUGGAUAUGGAAGAGCACCGCCAUUUUGGGGGCCAUUGUGGGCGCCAUUGUCUGGUGCCGCUAUCCCCACUAUCGCCUCGAGGGCGAUGCCUAUACACAGUUCAAGGCCAUGCUCAUAUCGCUGGCUUUGCAUCUCAUCCUGCUAAUGUUCGAGCUGCUGGCCUGCGAUAAGCUCACCUCGGAUCGUCAUCUCUGGGUGCUGGUCUUCAUACCGCUGAUCUUUGGUUCGGUGGUUAGCGUUGGCGCCUGCGUCUGGGCCGUCAAGCAUGAUCGCUCCUUUGAGCUGGAGCUCUUUCUGGCCGUCAAUGCAUUGCAGUUUGUGUCGCUGCCCUUGAAACUGGAUCGGUUUGUGUAUUGGAACUGGGAUGUGGUGUUUGUGCCCAUGUGGAUUGUGAUUUGCCUGAGCCUGGUCAGCGUUCUGUACAAUAUUAUCUUUUGUGGGAUCAUGAUGCGAACGCCGGAGGUGUCGCUGCAGCAGAAGAAGGCGGCCUUGAAUGCGGCUGUGGGCAAUAUAUGCACGGUGCUGCCGCUGCUCUGCUUCCAGGUGGUCAUCUGUGACAAGCUGGAUGGUGAGCUGAAAUUCCCCUAUGUUGUGGUAUUCUCCCCGCUGCUGGUGUCCAUUCUGGCGCUGAUUAUACUCAGCUUUACGGCCAAGGGUGGCAAUAUGUGGUGGUUUGGCAUACGCAAAUCCUUUAGCCAGUUCCUUUUGUCGGCCAUGCCCUUCCUGCAGGAGUACGGCAACAUAAGCUAUCAUGCCGAGGAUAUUAGCAAUGCUGGGCAAUCGGUGCCGCUGGAUGCCACCUCAUCGUCAACGAGCACGGGGACGGGGGGCAGUGAGCAGCUGCAUGAGUUUGGGAGGCAUGACAAGAAGUCGAAAAAGGCGGCCAAGAAUGAUAUCCUCAAGCCGGUGGUGCCCUUUGUUAGCAUUGAUUUGCCGGACUAGAAAAAAAAAAUACACACGGACUAGAGAGAGAUAGAGAGAGAGAGAGAGCACGCAACAACAACAACAACAAUAAAUAGCAAGAACCACUUAGGCUUAAGGACAGACUCUCAGCACAAACACACACACACGCGCACCUUUCCAGGUGUUUAUAUUAAACAUACUCCUCCCCCCAUCACCACCUGCAGUACCAGACCUCUGGAAUUCAUGAGGAAUUCCCAAGGAUUUAAGCAAUUUCGAAAGGAAUUCCCGGGGAUUUUUGGAAGUUUCCCGAGGAAUUCCUUAGGAAGUUCCUUAAGGAAUUCUGGUACUGCAGGAAACAUACUCCAACCCCCCCCCCCCCACACACACACACACACUUACACACAUCGGCCGUAGCUUUUAGACUCGUACUGAAUUUUAAUUGUAAGCCAAAAUGCUAACACCAAGCCCAUCCAUCCACAUCCCCCAAAGCAACCAUCUUCCCCACCCGCCAGGCACUCUUAGCAUAUAAUAAUUGUAUAUACAUACAUAUAUGCAUAUUCCCAAACCAAAUCGGCGCUUUUUGAUCUUGACAAACGAAAUGAUUACUAUUAAAUAUAUGAAAAUGUAUGUUUAUAUGUGCAAUUAUUAUGUGCUUUUAUCGGCUCACCACGCUAAAAAAAUGAAACGCCGCGAGAAAAAGUGUAAAUAAUUUACAAAUUAAAUGAUUAAACAAAAGAAAUAUCUACUUAAGUGCUUCCAAAACACACACAAAA